CCAACUUUCCUUCUCCACCUUGUUUGUGCACUUGCUCCUGCGGGGGCAUCCUCACGGUCCUCCCUACGAAUUGGAAGCUGCUGAGAGAUGUAAUUGUCCUCCUUUAACUUUCGCCUGGAAGCACACAGAUAGUUUUUUUCUUUUUUCCCCCUCUGCUUACUCUACUGCUUCGUUACAACAGCAGGGAACGGUGAAGGAACGGACUCGGAAAGCUACCAGGCAGAAGUCUAUAUGAAGAGGCACAGGGGAGAGUUCAGAAUUUCCAGAUCGGACACGGCGCAGAUGGAUGAGCUUGACGGCCUGCGGUCGAAGGUCUCCCCUGAGGACUCUGCAUCGCUCGCUUCCUCCUUGGCUGAGCCCAUCAACCCAGAAGACUCCUAUUACUCUCAGCUGCGAGCUGAGCUGGAGAUCGAUGCCCAGAAUCUGGAGGCAGAGUCCUGGAGCGUUGCUGUGGACCAGGACUACCUGAAGGCCCUGAGCAAAGAGGAUGUUAAACGACAGGAUGUCAUCUAUGAGUUGAUCCAGACCGAGAUGCACCACGUACGCACCCUAAAAACCCUUUACCACGUGUACCUGCACGAGCUGGAGCGGUCCUUUUUGAUGGAAGAGGGCAAGCUGGAGCGGCUCUUCCCCAGAGUGGAAGCUCUGAUCACCCUCCACCAGCACUUCCUUAACUGCCUCAAAGAGCGGCAGAUCCAGAGUCAGGAGGAGGGAAGCACCAACAACUACCUCAUCACACAGCUGGGGGAUAUCCUCAUCAAUCAGUUUUCAGGUCGACUUGGCGAACAGAUGAUGGAGAGCUACAGUGUUUUUUGCUACCGUCACAGUGAGGCCAUUGGCUUCUACAAAGAGCAGAUGCAGAGCAACAAGAAGCUGCAAAUUCUCAUGAGAAAAAUAGGCCAGCUGCCCAUAGUGCGGCGGUUGGGAAUUCCUGAAUGUUUCCUCCUGGUGACCCAACGCAUCACAAAAUACCCCAUCCUGGUGGAGCGGCUCAUCCAGAACACUGAAGCUGACACAGAUGAAUACAGUUCUCUGGUAAAAGGUUUGGAGCUUAUCAAAGACACCAUCUCCCAGGUGGAUGUCAACGUCAGUGAAUACGAGAAGGCGGCUCGUCUCCGAGAGAUCAGCCUUCGUCUGGAGCCGAAAGUUGCCGGCCAGAUGAAGGACGGCCGGCUCUUCCGCAGGGAGGAAAUGAUUCAAGGCAGCCGGAUGCUGCUGCACGAGGGCACAGUGACCUUGAAGUCUUGCAGCAGAAAGAAGGAAGUUCUGGCUGUGCUGCUGUCAGAUGUGCUCCUCCUCUUACAAGAGAAGGAUCAGAAGUUUGUAUUUGCUGCCGUGGAUAACAAACCACCAGUGAUCUCCCUUCAAAAACUGAUUGUUAGGGAAGUUGCCCACGAGGAUAAAGCCUUGUACCUCAUCUGUGCAAGCCUACCAGAGAUGUACGAGAUCCACACAGGCUCCAAAGAGGAGUGCCUUAAGUGGAUGAACGUCAUACGAGGAGCCGUUGAGUGUCUUCCAGGAGAAGAGCACAUUGAACUGGUGGCUACAUUACAGCGUUUUCAAGAUAUUUUGAAGGUGAAAGAUGACCAGAUAAAGCAGAGUCUAAUGGAGAAGCAGCAGAGUUUAGCUACUCUUUAUAAAUAUGUGUUGAAGAAAGAACCCCCUCUGAAAGGGCUGCUGCUGCGAGGAGACUCAACUGAGCCCCAGCAGGGGGAGGAGCUGCUCUAUGAGGCCAUCGAGGAGGUGGAAAACCUGCUGAACAUGCUGUUUUUGAUGAAAAAUGACCCAAACCAUCAAACGGAGGAGAGCCAGGUUCAGGGCGGGCUGCUCAGGCGAUCCAACACCUUAAAAGCCGCCGUCGAUACCAUCGCAGAUUCCAGCCCGGACAAUGGAGAAAUCUCUGAGAGGCCCGAAUGCAGUGAGGACAGAGAGCCUGAGGAGGCGUACCCCAUCGAAGGAUGGGAGCAGUCUGCUGAUGGUGAAACUGAUGAUGUCCCAGUGCCCAGCUGCAGCUCACCUUCCAGUCAUCUUCCUGGGACAGCGGUGUAUGACAGUGUGCUAAUGCUUACCACGAGACUAUACAGCCUAAAGGCCAUCAUCGCUCAGCAGGACAGCAGCAUCGAGCUGCUGCAGGCGUUCCAGGCAAAGAGCAGGCAGACCCCCUCCCACUACAACAAGGUGCUGCUGGAGCAGGAGAAGCAGCGCAACGUGGAGAAGCAAAAAGAGGAGCUGGCCAACCUUCAUAAGCAGCAGAUGCAGCAGCGCGAGGAGCAGCAGCGCUGGGAGAAGGAGAAGGAGCGGCAGAGGAUCCACAUGGAGGGUCUGGAGGCCCAGCUGCAGCAGAGGGAGGAGGAGUUCAGGAGGUGGGAGGAGAAGCUGAGCAACGAGAGGUCGGAGCUGGAGAGGCAGAGGGAGAGCUACCAGGAGGACCUGGAGAGACUCAGAGAGUCCACAAAAACGGUGGACAAGGAGAGGGAGCGCCUGUCUCAGGAGAAGGAGCGCCUGGAGAAGAAGAUGAAGAAGAUCCUCUCAAGUUCAGCACACUCCAAUUAUGAUGAUCCCACACAAUUCCGUAGUCUACCCGCUCACCCGUCUUUCAGAGGGAGCAUACUGAACGGAGGUGGGACGGCGACUGUCAGUCCAAAGACCCUAACCCUGCCCUUCAGUUCCUCCAAUGCCUUGGAAAUUCCUCCAAAGGUUCCUCCACGCAGGGAGAGCAUCAGCCCCCGGUCUUCCAGAUCAGAACUGCCCAUUCACCUGAUCAGCACCACCAACCAGGUGCAGAAACCUGCCGCCGUGCAUCAGAAGAUCCCCACCAAGCUGGCAACCGCACCCAAAGGAAAGGAGAAGAGCUUCAGGGGGAAGCGGUCCCACCGGAGAGCGCACAGUGCAGCAAACAUAGAUGUGAAUCAAGUCCUGCCCAUCCGAGUGGUGGGCAAAGAGGGAGGCAGUCUGAAAGCCAAAAGAAACGCCAGUCCUCAAAGGAUCAUAAACUCAGAUACCUUCAGGUCACCAGCAUCUGCCCACAGUGUGAGAACUUCUCAGUCCUUCAGCGCAAGCAAGGCGAGCCGAGAUAACACUCCCCCUCCACCGCCACCUCCGUUCCCCAAAGACGUCCUCGGAAAAGAGAAGCGUAAGGCCAAAACCAACUUAAGACAACGCUAG